AUGUCUUCAACAUUAAACAGAGGAAAGAGAACUGUAAUUGUAACUGGAGCUAAUUGUGGAUUAGGUUUCGAAUGUGCUAAACAAUUAUUUGCAGAUGAGAAAUUGGAAUGGCAUGUUGUGUUGGCUUGUAGAGAUGAAAGUAGAGGAAAGGAAGCUUUGGAAACUAUUUUGAAUGGAUCAGUUUCGGAUAGGAUUAGUUUGAUUCUUUUGGAUUUAUCUGAUUUGGAAUCUGUUCGAAAGUUUGUGAAGGAAUUCGAAAGUGCCAAACUCCCACCAUUGAAGGCAUUAGUAGCAAAUGCAGGAAUUGUUGCCCCUCCAAAGUUGACUUUAACCAAACAAGGAUAUGAAAUCACAGUUGGUGUUAAUCAUAUAGGUCAUUUCUUGCUCACUAACUUGUUGCUUCCAUUAUUCGAAAGAGAUCAAAAGGAAAUUAAUUCAAUUGCUGUUGUUAGUAGUGAAGUUCAUGAUCCAAAAUUGAAAAUUCCAAUGCCAAAAGCAAAAUAUGAUUCCAUUGAGAAACUCAUUUCACCACCAUACGAAACUCCAGAAGAAAUUGGAAGUAGAUAUCCAACUUCCAAACUCUUGAAUAUUCUUUUCACUUAUGAAUUAUGGAAAAGAUUACAAAAUUCAAGUGAAUUCAAGAAUCAAUUCCGUGUAACUUGUUUCAAUCCUGGAUUUAUUCCAGAAACAAGGUAA